AUGAAUGUACUUCUGAGAGUACCCCUUCUGCUCACUAUCCUCUUGUCUACAAAGAGUGCCCUAGGAGACUAUGGAAAUCUACACUCCGAAACUGAGGAGAUUAGGUCAAUCAUAGUCAUUGAUAACAAUUUUGAGGAUGUGGAAGAUGUAGAAGACGACCUCCAAAAGACUCCCAUCACCCUUGACAUCUCAAGAGAGGUACCCGCUAUGGUUACGACAAUAAAGUUUACUAGAGCCUUUUACUAUGAGAUUGACCAAGACUAUCAUGAAGAUUACAAAAUUGGCAUUGUAAAGGAUGAUGGUCAAGUGAUUGCUGAGGAUAGCGAUCGACUUGUGGAGAGAAUAGUCUACUUUUGCAGAGAAGAUGAUGGGAGAAGGGUCGUUAGAAUCAAUGACUAUUAUCUUACAACAGACGGAGAAAUUACCCUCAAGGCUAACGAGCUUGUAAAGGAACCUGGAUCUCAUUAUGUGCCACUUGUGAGAUAUCCAGUAGAUGUAGACAUACUGUCUGACGACAUUCCCGAGGAGAUUGAACGUAGUUAUGGAGUAUUGAAAGUUAGAUUCAUUAUACGGAGUAAAAUGGAAAAUCGCGCAUUUAUUGGCGUUGUGAAAUACGGUGGUCUUUUGGUAGAUGCAAAAAUAAAUGAUGACAUUAUUGAAAAGGUUGUAACGCUAAAUACGACGCUCCAUCAUCCAGAAAUUAAAAUUAACCUCUACCAGAAAGAUGGAUCAAUGACUACAGAAAAGUAUUUCUAUGUACAAGACGAGAAUGGAAAAAGAAUAGUCCAGAGUAUAGACGAAGUUUAUUAA